GCCCCCACGUGACGGUUGUGGGCGCGUGCGCGGGGGCGGGGGCAGCGGCUCUGGAGCCGUGGCACCCCCCGGCAGUGGCCGCUGUGUCGGUGGUCAGUCUGUCGGACGAUCGCAGCGCCGGACGCUAAAGGGCUGGAGCCGUUGCCGCCGCCGGGACAUGAUCCGAAACGGACACGGUACCGCGGACUCCUCCAAGAAGCUCGGCCCGGGGACGAAGCGCACCGUGCGGGUCUGGUGUGACGGCUGCUAUGACAUGGUACAUUAUGGGCAUUCAAACCAGCUGCGUCAGGCACGGGCCAUGGGAGAUUACCUUGUCGUAGGGGUCCACACCGAUGAGGAGAUUGCCAAGCACAAGGGCCCUCCUGUCUUCACUCAGGAGGAGAGAUACAAAAUGGUCCAGGCCAUCAAGUGGGUGGAUGAGAUUGUGGCUGGUGCUCCUUACGUCACUGCCCUGGAGACCCUGGACAAAUACAACUGUGAUUUCUGUGUUCAUGGCAAUGAUAUCACCUUAACUGUGGAUGGGCGGGACACCUAUGAAGAAGUGAAGAAGGCUGGGAGAUACAGAGAAUGUAAACGCACCCAGGGAGUCUCUACCACUGACCUGGUCGGCCGGAUGCUGCUCAUGACGAAGGCUCAUCACAGCAGCCGGGAAUUGCCUUCAGAGUACCAGGAGUACACUGACAGUUUUGGCAAGCCCCUUCACCUAUUACCUGCUGGGGCAGGUAUUUGCCCAGAAGGCUUCUCCCAGUGCCCAAGAAGCCACAGCCCCUGGACUGGAGUGUCACAGUUUUUGCAGACAUCCCAGAAGAUUAUCCAGUUUGCUUCUGGGAAGGAGCCAGAGCCAGGAGAUACCAUCAUCUAUGUGGCUGGGGCCUUUGACCUGUUCCAUAUUGGGCACGUGUCUUUCCUGGAGAAGGUUUACCAGCUUGCAGAGCGACCCUACAUCAUUGCCGGCUUACAUUUUGACCAGGAAGUGAAUCACUACAAGGGGAAGAACUACCCCAUCAUGAACGUACAUGAGAGAACGCUAAGCGUGCUGGCCUGCAGGUAUGUGGCUGAGGUGGUGAUCGGAGCACCGUAUGCUAUCACAGCUAACCUUCUAGAUCACUUCAAGGUGGACCUAGUGUGUCAUGGGAAGACUGAAGUGAUGCCUGAUAAGGACGGUUCAGAUCCGUAUAAGGAACCCAAGAGACGCGGUAUCUUUCGUCAAAUUGAUAGUGGCAAUGACCUCACCACAGACCUCAUUGUACAGAGAAUUAUUAAAAACAGAUUAGAGUAUGAAGCAAGAAAUCAAAAGAAAGAGGCUCGAGAGCUAGCUGUCCUGGAGGCCAUAAAGAAACGGGAGGCAAUGUCUGAAGGGACAGCAAUGCAGGUGGAGGGUCCCUGUGAGGCCUAAUCGCAAACCUGUACCAGCAGGAGCAGCACGCCCAUUCCCUCCUUCCCCAGCCCCACCCUGCCUUCAUCCUGAGCUGGGGGACUACCCGAGGGCCUGCCCUCCCUUUUGCUGUCCUCACCUUCUCUGGCCCCUCUGAUUUUAGAAUUUGUCACACCUACCAUUUUAAUGAAGCUGAGGCCCCUUUUUAACUUACCCUGUCUUUGGAGUAACUGUUGGAACCUUGAACAACUAGGCUAGCAUGGAGCUGCCUGUUGUUGGCAGAAACGAACACUUGGUGCUGGGUCUCCCCUGGUGUUUUUGGAGAGUUUGUAUUCUGUAAUAACGCUUUUCUGCCUAGGCUCUACUGAUCUGACUUUAUAGAAAAACCAGAAGACCCAGCUAACACUAUGAGCACGUGGAAUCUCCGCAUCUGGGAGGGGCAUCAGGUUUGUGGCCAAGCCACGGGCAGGCUCUGGCCACUUUCGAUCCCAGCUUCCCUUUCCUUGGCAUUGCCCACCUCUGGUGAAGCUCGAUGAAACGUGUGGGAUGGGAGAAGCAGAUGGGUCACAGCUGCCUUGUGGCUCUCAUGACCUUAAGCACAAUCCUGGCGGGCUUAUGAAGCACUGUCUUUCACUGUCCCCUGAGAGGCUGGGCUGCCUCUGCCUAGCCCCCAUCCAACCUUGCUUGCUGACUGGUGGGGGGAAAAGAGGGUCAGUCGUCCAAGAAGGGGAAUGAUCCAAAUGGUGACCUCCCUUACCUCCUUAGGAGGGGGAAUCACACCUCCCAGAACAUCCUCCCUGUUCCACCCCCUCAUUCUCCUUCUGGUGUGAGUUCUAUUCCAAAGCUUCCUGCCUGCGGCCUGAGCUCCGUGACCUUUCUCUGUCACCUGCAGCUUUGCUGCCUGGGGCCCUGUAGUCCUCCCCAAUUCUGCUGCUCCCUGUACAGACUUUGUAUGCUGAUUUUUGUAUGGGAACUGACUGUUGUAAAUUUCUUUGUCAGUGGAACACAAUAAAAUAUGGUCGGAAUACAUGA